AUGCAAGCUGAAUACAUGCGCUUGCUGGCCAAAGAGGAGCAGGUGACACCCAAAAAACUGGCAGAUAGCAUUGAGCAUCUGGUUACUACAAGCCGCGCGCACGCACACAAGCUUCGGCGCUGGGCGGAAGACGCGCUCCGGUGCUUUCGUGGCAUGGACGACGGCGCAGAAAUUCCGUACAUUGACCUGCGGGUGAUAGAGGCGGUCUUCCACGAUGAGCGCGACCCUGCAUCUGUUCGUGAAAGAGCGCAGGCAUUUAUCGAGCUCGCGGCUGCGGGGUACCGAGGUAUCAACGUGUAUGCGAAGGCGAAUGAGGAGCUGGCUGCAUCGGAGCCUCCGAGGAGUGACUAUCGGCGUUACCUCAUGGAUUUUGCACAUUCAGAAGGAUGGGUGGUAAACGCGCGCGUUGAUUUCAAGCACGCCAAGCUUCCGGGCCAAAUCCCAGACAAGUUCCAACAGCAGUCGCACAUUGGCGGGGAGAACGGCAUGGGAGCCGGCGUGCUGGCUCAUGCUCUCGGCACUAUGGCCUGGUGGGAAGUACCACCGCGUAUCGCAAGGAUGGAGUCAGCACGGUCACCGUACGAGCCAACGAGACGCACGGGACGGGCAAACGCGGGAAGGCGCACGGCUGACGAGGACAUGUUGUACUACGGGCCCGCGUCGCGAGAAGUUUCAGGCCGCGGGCGUUCCGGGGCCGCACCCUCGCCCGGCGAGCAGUCCGACGAGGAAACGACGGGCACCGCGACUGGGACGGGUUACGCAACGUGGGCGGCAAAUCAAGACGACGAAGGCAUAGAGACAGAGCAUGUUGAAGAGGAGCAAACCGACUUCGUGGACGAAGAUGCUGAAGCGGCGAGGUCCAGGCAGCGCAAUGUCACGGAGCUUAGCCACGCGGCACCUGUGACUCCCGCCGUCUCCACGCCGGGCGGACGUGGACCCACGGUGGCUGCGACGCGCAGUGUCAACGCCCCUCGCGUCGCGCAAGGUGCGGGGCCGGGCCCGGGCAUGAACACGGCCCUUGCUGCGCGCCUGCGGGAACGCGAGCGCGAGAUUGUCGAGCUCAACGCACGUCUCCGUGAGGCACAGCGCAGCGGCACCGGAGACGUCGGAGAAGGGGACGCCGACAAUCACGGGCAGCGCAAUAGGACGACAACCACUACUCGCCAGCGCGUCCGCCAGGACAAUGCCGCAGGACGCGCGCCACAGCGCGAGGCGGAACACACUCCCUUCGUAACAGCCGCACUCGCCAGGGAGACUGUGGUUGUUCGUGGCAGGGAUGGCCCGCCCACUGACCAGCUGGUUAUAUGGGCAGAGACGCUGGAAACCGCCAACAAGUUCAUCCCAGGCCUGUUAAACGGGCUGAAGGACGCUGUUAAGGAAGGGAUUGCGCUGCUCGUCUACUCCACACGUGUACAGCGCAUGACGUUUUGGCCGUCCACGGUGCUCAUCGAGGCUGUGCUCGCCCGGGCUCUUCGUCUGCGCACACGGGCUCAGCGACACAUGCUUCAUCUGGUGUGGACGAACGACCCUGCUCGCUCCGGAUGGUUUAUCCGGAAGAUGCAGGUGUAUCGCAACACGCGGUGGGAGCAGGGACGAGCGUAUGUAUACGUCCUGGAGGGACUGCCGUAUGACCCGCCAGCGUUCUCUCGCGUGGCGCUGCCUGCGGACAUUACGGUCGGCGCGGCAGCAUCUAUUACCCGACAGGAGUUCAUUGGGCGGCAUCGCGCAGAACUGGGCACACAUCAGCUAAUGCCCUGGCAUCGACGCGAUGGCCUCCCCUUCGCGUCAGCGUCGUUCGAGAGGGGGAUCUACAAAUCUUUCCGCUGCGCUUCACCUGCGCCGCUUGUCCUGCGCACCUAUGUAGUAGCCUUCUGGCUAUACGGGGUGGAGUUUCCGCUCAUCAACGGCACUCAGAUGCCGCGUUCGGCGCCCCAAAAUGACGAGGGGGUACACUGGUACCACGAGCGCGUGGUGGCGUGGGCUCGUCAGAGCAUUUUAACCGGCAAUGCCACAGACGGGCCGUGGUGGGACAGCAACGUACGUGCGUGGGCGUUUCGUCAGGGGAGCACCGUAGUCAUUUCUGAAGACGGGCUGGAGGACAUCUCUCCACGGGCCCCUCCUGUUGCGCCGUUUCCGGCGCGUGAGGGCGAGCAGGAUGGCGACGACGAGGAGGACGGGUAG